CGCGCCCGUGUUGUGAGUGAUGUCCGGGGUUGGUGCCGUCUUCUGAAACUGAAUAUGGGAACCGGCCGAGACCCGGAGCUGAGGAGCCAGAGUGGGGGCGAGGAGGAUGGGGACCCCGGCGAGCGAUUCUCACCGAGCCCCUGGAACAUUAUGAUUAAACAUCGUCAGGUUCAGCGUAGAGGACGGCGUGCUCAUGUAGCAGUCAGUUUUACUGACCCAGCUGUGUCCAUGGAUCUUCUUCGUGCUGUUCUACAGCCAAGCAUUAAUGAGGAAAUUCAGAAUGUUUUCAAUAAAUACAUGAAGUUCUUUCAGAAAGCUGCUUUGAAUGUGAGAGAAAAUGUUGGCGAUCAGGUAGACCCCGAGCAGCUAAUCCGUGACACAUGCCGCAGUUGUCUGGAGCAGGCUAAGGGCCUCUUUACAGACAAAAAGAUAAUGAAGACUGAGGUUCCCAUUUUGAAGCGACCAAGGCAAGUAGAUGAGGAGUCAAACAUGCGGUGGAGUCCAAUACCCAAAAAGAGAAAAGGGCGCCCCCCUGUACUGAGCUCCCUCAAUGACCGAAAUUCCUUAGGACUCACAUCGCUGAAAAUCAAAACUGUUGAUCCCAUCCGACGGGAAGGGCCAAAGUGGGAUCCAUCUAGGCUUGAUGAGAAAACAACAUUUGUGCUGGGAUCACGUGCCAAUAAGGCUCUAGGCAUGGGAGGGACCAGGGGUCGGAUUUAUACCAAACACCCAGAGCUGUUUAAGUAUGCAGCUGAUGCCCAGGACAAACAGUGGCUAACAGAACAGCAGCACAUGAAAGCCACAGGUGGCAAAAUGGUGUACCUUCUUUUGGACCAAGAUAUCCUAGAUUUGGCAACCACUGACGAGUACAGAGAAUCAUUGGAGCUGAGGCUGGAUGAAUUAAAGUCAUUCGUCGCUCCACUUUGGAUGAUUGUGAAGAUGAAAAAGUACAUGGAGCUGGUGCGGACGGAACAAGAGUAG